GAGAAAGAGGAUCUGGAGAAGAUGCAAAGGGAAGAGGAGGAGAGGAAAAAGAGACUCCAGCUGUAUGUGUUUGUGAUGCGCUGCAUCGCUUAUCCGUUCAAUGCAAAGCAGCCUACUGAUAUGGCCAGGAGGCAGCAGAAGAUCAGUAAGCAGCAGCUGCAGACAGUCAAAGAGCGUUUCCAGGCAUUCCUAAAUGGAGAAACUCAGAUUGUAGCAGAUGAGGCCUUCAUUAAUGCUGUCCAGAGCUACUAUGAGGUCUUCUUGAAAAGCGACCGUGUGUCCCGGAUGGUGCAAAGUGGUGGCUGCUCUGCCAGUGACUCUCGGGAGGUUUUUAAGAAGCACAUAGAAAAGCGAGUGCGCAGCCUGCCUGAGAUUGAUGGCCUAAGUAAAGAGACGGUUCUGAGCUCCUGGAUGGCCAAAUUUGACACUAUCUACCGUGGGGAAGAGGACCCCAGGAAGCACCAGCAGAGAAUGACUGCCAGCGCUGCCUCUGAGCUCAUCCUCAGCAAAGACCAGCUCUAUGAGAUGUUUCAGCAGAUCCUGGGCAUCAAGAAGUUUGAGCACCAGCUGCUCUAUAAUGCUUGCCAGGGUCACGGGGGGCUGGAGCCAAUCUACGCUGACAUUGAGUGA